AUGUAUAUUGACGGUCGGUUAAAUCAGCAUGCACAUGUAACGGGUAUGAGCAAAAGGCGGAUUCCAAACAAUUACACCGUUCGAGAUUUUAAUAAACGAACUCGACGAGGAGUAAAGAUGGUGGCACGCCCGCGUUCCCCACACGGGGCUCUUAUACCACAAUUCUACGCUGGAAGAAACAUCUUCAUAACCGGAGCUACUGGCUUCAUGGGCAAGGUCCUGAUCGAAAGACUGCUAUCUACCUGUCCGAACAUCGGUACUCUACACCUGCUGAUGCGUCAUAAGAAAGGAGUUUCGCCUGAAAAGCGGUUGCAGCAGUUGAAACAAUCACAGGUUUUCGAUAUCAUUCGUCAGAACGAUCCUACGCAGCUGGACAAACUGAACUUCAUUCCCGGCGACGUGUCAGAACCCAACUUUGGGAUUCUACCUGAAUAUCUUCUAAAAUUACAAGAGGUAUCCAUAGUGUUCCACUCUGCUGCUACUCUUAAAUUCGACGAAGAACUGCAGAAGGCUGUUGAACAGAACGUGCUAUCAGUGAUAAGACUCAUGGACAUUUGUGACACUUUGCCUAACAUGGAGGCCUUAAUCCACGUAUCAACCGCCUACAGCAAUCCAGAACUCUCGACUGUAGAAGAGAAGGUGUACACUCCGCCCAUGCCCUUGCCACGGCUGCUAGCCCUGAUUGACGCUGUCCCUACCAAUUUAUUACAGGAUAUCACACGCCAGUACAUUCACCCGAAGCCAAACACAUACACAUACACAAAAGCCAUGGCUGAAGAAGCGGUCAAGACACGACCAUCGCGACAAUAUCCUGUCGCUAUAUUCAGACCCACGAUAGUGAUUUCCUCCUUCCGUCACCCAUUUCCCGGGUGGGUGGAGAACCUCAACGGACCGAGUGGGGUCGCAGCUGCUGCGGGUAAGGGGGUACUCCACGUCUUCAGGCGGUCACCGAACAUGAAAGCUGAUCUCCUGCCAGUUGAUGUAGCCAUUGACACUUUGCUUGCUGUUGCCUGGGAGACCGCUGUUGAUAAACCGACUGACGUCAAGGUGUAUAACUGCAGCACGACGGAGAACCCCACGACGUGGUCGGAUUUCGAGAUGGCUCUCAAGAAGUACAUUCCCAAAUUUCCAUUGGACGCGGCUCUGUGGUACCCUUCGGGGACAGGAGUCGAGAACCUGUACGUUCAUAAGACUUUGCAUUUUAUACUACAUACGAUGCCCCUGUAUUUAGCUGAAUACAUCUUUAAAACUUUAGGAGUCAAAAUGGGAAUAAGUUUGAUAACUGCUGAACGCAAGAUGCGGGCUAUGAACGACGUCCUAUCGUUCUUCGCUCUCCGACAAUGGCACUUUCGCACUGAUAACGUCAAGAAGUUAAAACUACGACUUACGCCGCAGGACAGAAUGAUCUAUAACUUGGAUCCAAAGAGUAUAGACUGGGACGAUCAAUACAAAAACUUCGUCAUAGGUACAAGAAAAUACUUGUUGAAGGAAUCCGAUGAUAACAUCCCCGUUGCAAAGCGUCAUUUGAACAGACUGUACUACAUCCACAAAGGAGUAAUGUUGUUCUCUAUAGUUCUCUUUCUAAGGCUCCUCUUGCAAAAUAAGUAUAUAAGAGAGAUCGUCUACGGGACCUUGAGGCUUUUGUUCUCUCUUAUUAGCGAUGGAUAUACUUCCAUUGUAAGCAUCGACUGA